CCGCCGCCCCCAGCCACCGGGGCAGUUCUCGCCCCCCUUUUUUUGUUUGUUUGUUUGGUUUUGUUUUCCCUUUUCCCUCCUACAUCCCUCCGCACUUGCACUUGGAAGGAUACCGACAGGUUUUCUCGCGGCUGUUGCGCCUCGGGCGCCUCUCGGCAGCAGGCCAGCCCCGGGACGAGCCGCCCGCCCCGCCGGUGCCCGGCAGCAGCUGGCCCAGAUGAGCGCCGCUGCCCAGGCUCCGGAGCCGGACCCGCAGGAGGGGGGGCCCGGCCCCGGCCCCGGCCCCAGCUCCGGCCCCGGCCCCGGCCCCGGCCCCGGCGCGGCGCGGGCGGGCAGCCCCCAGGAGGAGUUCGACUUCUCCAUCCUCUUCGACUACGACUACCUGAAGCCGAUUGAAGAAGAACCGACUCCACAUAAAACCAACAGCCCACCCUCUGGAGUUACAUACGCUCAUGAUGUCUUGGACUGUGGCCUCAAGCCAUGCCCCCUGGCUUUUUCUAGCCUUUCUGCAGAUCCCAUGGGCAGAUAUGGACAGCCAGAUAGCAUAGGGACAACACCUGCGCACCCUGCAAACGCUGCAGGGGCCUCUGCUCCAAGCCCUAGGAUUGAAAUUACUCCAUAUCAUGAACUGAUUCAUUCAGGGGGUCCCUUCCGCAGCAGAGACACAGAUCUUUUGGUAGAACAUCAGUCAAACUCAGCUACCACUAGCCCCAGGGUUACCCUGCCUGUCCCUGGCUUUGAGGGCUACAGAGAACCGCUGUGUUUGAGCCCAGCUAGUAGCGGCUCAUCUGCAAGUUUCAUUUCAGAGACAAAUUUCUCUCCUUACACAUCACCAUGUGUUUCACCAAAUAAUGGUCCUAGUGAUGACCUUUGUCCACAGUUUCAAAACAUCCAUACUCAUUAUUCUCCUAGAACCUCUCCAAUAAUGUCACCACGAACAAGCAUCACGGAGGAAACCUGCUUGGGACAACAUUCACCAUCACCCCGUCCCAACUCAAGAUCUUCAUCACCAGGUGCAAAACGGAGGUACUCUUGCACUGAGCUCUACAAUACUCAGCCACCUUCCACUUCUCCACGACAGUCAAGGACCCCCUCUCCACAAUCCUCUCCUCGCAUCCCAUUGAGAGAAGACAGCUCUUCAGUUACUUACACGCAGUUGCCCACCGCUUCUAUUUCCAUGGAUGCUAUGAACAGCCUUCCUACGGAUCCUUCUUGUGGUGUUCCCACGAAAAUUUGGAAAACCAGCCCUGAUCCUUCAUCGAUGCCUUCCCACAAAAACAGCAUUCCAUGUCACGUCUUUCAGACUGUUGACUUCCAUGGGCCUUGUGAGCAGGAGGACAGGAGAAACUCAGCCCCAGAAUCGAUUUUGUUGGUACCUCCAUCGUGGACAAAGCAACUGAUGCCUGCAAUACCUCUCUGCAGCUUGCCCGUGCAGUCGCUCCCGCCGCUCGAGUGGCCGCUCUCCAGCCAGUCUGGCUCGUACGAGUUACGGAUCGAAGUGCAGCCGAAGCCCCACCACCGCGCGCACUAUGAGACGGAGGGAAGUCGGGGAGCGGUCAAGGCACCGACCGGAGGUCAUCCCGUCGUCCAGCUUCACGGCUACAUGGAGAACAAACCCUUGGGUCUUCAGAUCUUCAUUGGGACAGCAGACGAACGGAUACUUAAACCUCAUGCGUUCUAUCAAGUCCAUCGCAUUACAGGAAAAACUGUCACCACCACCAGCUAUGAAAAAAUCAUUGGCAACACCAAAGUCUUAGAGAUCCCAUUGGAACCCAAAAACAACAUGAAAGCAACCAUUGACUGUGCGGGGAUUUUGAAGCUGAGGAACGCAGACAUCGAGCUGCGUAAGGGAGAGACAGACAUCGGCCGGAAGAACACCCGUGUUCGGCUCGUCUUCCGCGUGCACAUCCCAGAGUCCAACGGCAGAAUCAUUUCCCUGCAAGCGGCGUCCAACCCCAUCGAGUGCUCCCAAAGAUCUGCUCAUGAACUUCCAAUGGUCGAAAGACAAGAUAUCGAUAGCUGCCUUGUUUAUGGAGGACAACAGAUGAUCCUGACUGGACAAAAUUUCACAGCAGAGUCCAAGGUGGUGUUCACAGAGAAAACUUCAGAUGGGCAGCAGAUCUGGGAAAUGGAGGCAACAGUGGAUAAAGAUAAGAGCCAGCCUAGCAUGCUUUUUGUAGAAAUACCAGAAUACCGUAACAAGCACAUCCGCACACCUGUGAAGGUGAAUUUCUACGUCAUCAAUGGGAAAAGAAAAAGAAGCCAACCCCAGCAUUUUACCUAUCACCCAGUACCAUCAAUCAAAACAGAGCCCAUUGAUGACUAUGAUCCAGCCUUAAUCUGCAAUACAGUACACAGUGGUCUGGGAACAGUAACACAGCCUUACUAUUCACAGCACACAAUGGUCACCGAGUCCCCUUCCUGUCUUGUGGCCACUAUGGCCCCCUGCCAGCAGUUGCGCUCAGGCCUUUCUUCUCCCGAUUCUCGAUACCAUCAGCAGAAUCCAGCCGCUGUAAUAUACCAAAGAAGCAAGAGCCUUAGCCCUAGCCAACUGGGCUACCAGCAGUCCAGUUUGAUGGCUACACCAGUGGCUAUUUCAGAUGCCCAUAGGUCAGUGCUGGUGCACGCUGGUUCCCCAGGCCAGACUUCAGCGGUGCUCCACCACUCUCCAGGCAACCAGCAGUCAUCUCCUGUGAUCCACUAUUCUCCAACUAACCAGCAGCUGAGGUGUGGAAGUCACCAAGAAUUUCAGCACAUCAUGUGCUGUGAAAAUUUUACGUCCAACGUUGCGAGAUCCAGCCAGCCCCAAGUCAGUCAAGCACAAAGGUUAAGUCCAAGUUCGUAUCCUACCGUGAUUCAGCAGCAGACAGCCUCCGGCCAGCGAGCAGCAAAAAAUGGACCACCAGUUAGCGACCAGAAAGAAGUGUUACCGGCUGGAGUCACUAUUAAACAGGAACAGAAUCUGGACCAAGCAUACCUGGAUGACGAGCUGAUAGAUACACACCUUAGCUGGAUACAAAACAUUAUAUGAAAAAGAAUGACUGUGAUCUUUGAUCCAAGCAAUCAAAAUGAAAGUUAAUGAAAUUAUCAGGAAGGAAUUUUCUGGACUCCCUGCCAGAAAUCAGACAUAGAAGCAGAGAUUUGCGAGACAACUUUUACCGAAUCCUUCCAUAACUGACCUCUUAGAUCCUUCCAGUGCCCCUGCAACCUCCUGCUUCCUUAACUGUUCAUCUCAAGGCACCAAUUCAAUGCAAGGAACAAUGUAUUGGCAUCAAGCUGACAGCCUUGACUAAGCAGCUCGCCACCUCUCUCUGUAAACAUCGAAAAGGACACCCUUCCUUUAGUCCAAAGAUCGUAUUGUUCUCAUAUAACAGAGCAUCUGUCUGAGGAAACUCUUCAAGCCUGCUGCAAAAUAUCUAUCUAUGUAUCGAUUUAUCUUAGUAGUAAGGGAGAAGUAAGAUGUCACUCCUGAACACCGCACAAAGCAAGGGAGGUUAUAUAUUAGCGCUUAUUUGGGUGGGGUGGGAAACGAGAGAAGAAAGAGUAAUAUAUUCCAUAAAAGAAUAAAAACAUUUUGCAGUUUGCUAACAAUGACUUGCCCUCCGGGUCUCAAAGCCCUUUUGAAAAAUUUUAUUGUGGUAGGAAACUGAGGCAGCCCAAGCUUGCUCAGCCUUUGGCCAACCUGGGAUCAAAAGCCAGUUUCUCUGACUCUGAGCACUGUGAUCAGUAUUUCAAACAGUAGCUGUCAGCUGAAUCCAAGAGUUUUCAUUUUUCUGGGUAGGAAUUUGAAGGAGAAGAAAAUUCAAAGAGAACUAGUUAAAAGAACAAUUCAGCAGCUCUAACAUUGUUCCCAAGUUAAAAUAAACCCUGAUAAAACAGAGAUUAAUAUAUAGGAGUCACAGUAACCUAAGCACUGUUAUGUCUAUCCAAAGAUUUUUAUGAUUGAUCCUUAUUAAUAGUGAGGCAGUACAUGAACACAUCUUAGAUGUUUUCUCUCUAAUGAAUUGUUGCUGUUUCUUUCCAUACAGAACCUGCUAUUGGCUUGUAACUCGUCUCAUUUAGCAGCUGUAGCAUUUAACCACACAAGCUGCAGAGGAAAAUAAUUGCAUCUCACAGAAGUCAUAUCUUCUAAACAAACACAUACACCUACUUAUAUUCCUUUAGCUUUGCAAAGCCACCAGCAAUUUCUGGAAAGAUUAAAUUUGCAUGUGAGUUUGUGCAUUAGUUAGUUAUGUUUUGCUUUGGGUGUCUGAAUAUGCUGUACUGAUACAUGCUUAUCACGGUAAGGGGUUACCUCUGCCAUUUGCAGUUGUAUUCCUCCUAAGUUUGUAACACUUUCUGGUGUGUCAUUGCUACCACUGUGUCAUUAGAAGGCAUAGUGAGUGCAUAAUAUACAGUAAGAGGUAGCCGUAAUAUUGUAGGAAAUAGGUAGUAAUCAUCUUCUCUGUUUUUGUAAAUGAGGAAUACUGAUAUCAUUAUGGGUGCAGAGCUAGAGGUCUAGUCUAGAAAACACAGUUAAACGAUCCUGCUUUCAAUUGUUUUAAAGUAAACUUUGCUGAAUACCAACACGUCCACAUGCUCACAGCAGGAAUUAGAUGAUGGGAAUAUGGCAGGUCAGCAGAGCAUCCAUAGAAGUUGUUCCCCAACACUGCAAGACAGAUAAUUGCAGAAACCCUUUAGAAUAUAUGCUAGGUUCAACAAAAAUAUUCCCAGGAGUAGUGAGAUUUUUUUUUUUUUCUGGCACCAAAAGCUAGCACUUAACCUAUGCAAGGUUUAUGUUUCAGAGCAAGAGAUAGAAGCAUUAUGCUUCUCAGAAUGUCUCACCUAAGCCUCUGUUAUAAUCUUGGGUUUUAAUCUGAAACCUGAAUUUUGCAAGAGCAGCUCUGGAUUCAGCCAAGUCUCGCUCUGCAGCCAGAGCUGAGGGCUGUAGCCUGAGCCCUUCUCUAGUCCAGAUCCAGAGCUGGCAUUCACAACUGUGCCAUAGCCUUCGGAGUUUGCUGCUUUUUCCCCAGAAGUACUGCGUAGGCACGCAGGCGGUGCUGGAGCAGUGUGGAGAUGGGGAGCACACCAGCCAUCUGGAAGGCGUUAGCCCACUUUGCAAAAUUAAAAUCUUUUGUCACAAAAUGAUCCGCCUGUAUCCCAUUUCAGCAAGGCUAAAAAGGCUCUGGCCGCGGAUGCUUCCUCCUCGGGCUCGUGCUGUGAGCUACAUGUGGUGCAUCAGCAAGAGCGUAGAUGUAUCCAAGUCUCAGCUUUUUACCUGUAGAGGUGAGUGGCUUUUUUUUUUCUACUGACUUUUACAGGAACAAAACUGAGGCUUGGAUUAGUUGAAAUGGCUUCUGCACAGUGAAAUUAUUGAUUGUUAAACAGCACUUAUACUUGUCUAGUACUUCAACUGCUCACAUGCCUCCAACAAGCUAUGUGAGUCAUUUUAAAACUGCUGUAUGCCAAAGUCUGCCAUACGUCAUGGAGUUUUUAAUGCAGGUUGAAGGUCUGGACAAUUUUGAAAAAUUCUUGAGGACAAAAUUUGCCUGUCAGAAGUUCUUUAUUGCAGCUGAGCAAAAGAAUAGGCCAAAUGCAUCUCCCAGUUUCACAGAAUUCACCCUUGGAACUACUGAAAUGACCAUCUAGUUUUCCCCAGCCUAACCUAUAAGAUUAAGGUAUAGGAGUAUCUAAAAAAGAAAAAAUUAACAACCCAAAUCCUAAAUUACCUGACAGAAACUUUCCUCUUGCUGGAUUUUAAAUAGGAUACCAAAGAAUGUCAACUUAUUUGCAAAUCUGUAGACAAACUGACAUUGUCUAAAAAUAUUGCUGCUUAUUUGGUGAUGGAUAGCAACUGGUUUGCAAUAUUUCUGUUUACGCCGAUGACUGUCUCAUCUCUAAGUGGGAUGACCGCACGUGCAAAUCCAUUAGCAACCUGCUGCCUGGAAUGUGCAAUUACAAUAUGCAUGUUCGUGAUGGGGCCUGAUGGUUUUUUGUUGUUGUUGUUGGGGGGGUUUUCUGCCACUGUCCCCUGCUGAUCAUUUGAGCAUCCUACAUCAUUUCCCCCUUCUUACUAUGAGGCAUAGACAUAUAAAGCAGACAGGAAAAGUAUAGACUCAGAGUGAAGACUUUUGAGCCUUCAGAGGGGUCCAUGCAAGCAAGCCCAUGAGCCUCUGCCGGGUGCCACUGAAGCUGCUUUGCAGGGUGCACCCAUUAAACAUGCUCCCUUUAACAGAAAGAUAAGAUUUCCACGGCUCUUGCAUGUUCUUUUAGGCACUUUCCUGUAGAGAGAGGGGGAGAGGAUUUUUUUUAUGUGCUACAAAUAGUGUCCUUGUUCUUGCAUUAGUUGUAUUUCUUCCUAAUUUUUAAGGCAUGGAUGUUAAUCUGUAUGUGUGUUUGUGUAGGUGCAUAUACAUAUACAUAUAUAUAUAUAUAUACAUAUACAUAUAUAUAUAUAUAUGCACACACACUCACAUAUCCAUAGCUAUACACACACAGAGUUACAUUCUUGGGUCAUGAUCUUGUAAUUGGCUCUGGUCCGGCCACUCUGUGCAGCUGCAUGAAGCCAGCUACUGGAUCGGGGGUUCAUAAGAUGUAUAUAAUAUAGACUACAUUUUAGUGGUUUUAUUUACAGCUUCAUGAGGUCAGGCUGUGCUACUCUAUCUGCUUCUACAUGCAACCAUUAGAUAAAGAAUAUAGCUUUAACCAACUUCAUAUUUAUUUCUGAAAAGGAGAAAAAGAGUAUCCUCAGACAUAGCGUUACACAUUGUUGUCUCUCUUUAAAAAUAAAGCAGAUACGUUAAAAUCAUCUAGCUACGCUGAAGAACUUCAAAAUAUGCAGUACUAAAUUAUUUCCUGUUCUUGCUGAGCAGUGUUUUUCCAGUAUUAAUAUUUUGUUACAUAAUGCAACUUGCUGUCUUUCUGUAGAAGCAUUAGAUUAACCUUGGAAGAGUUAAUACCAUUUUGUGAGUAAUUUGUUCUCACUUUAUCUGGAAGAUAGCCAUAUUUGCACAUGAGGAAGUUCUGUCUUUCCUCAGUUAUCUGAAUGUUUCACCACAGUGCCUUCCUGCCAUUGUACCAAAGGCCUCCAAAUAUAUUGUCUACAGGGUGAACAACUCUAAUGCAUUUUCCAUCAAAGUUAUACCAUGCAAAGUACAUGGGGCUCAUUGGAACGCAAAGUUCAUCUCUUUCUUUUUGUGUAUGUGUGUCUGUGUGUGUGUGCGGGGUUUUUAUUUCCAUUUUUCCAUCCAAGCUUUGGCUGCAAAUACAGGAUGAGCUUCUAUAAACUUCUGCAUCAAAUAUAUCAAUACGUAGAAUAAAACUCAUCAUUCAUGAUAUGUAAACCGUCUGAGAGUGGAAUGGGAGUUGACAGAUAUCAGGAAGAUUUUUUUUUUGUCAGUUAUGAGUGUUGGAAGUAAAGAUUGCCAGGAGAGUAAUUGCUCGUGAAGAUACUUGCAAUGAAACAUGAAGUGCCGUUUUUGUUUUUCUCCAUGAGAAUGAGCAAAAUGUAAGAUCUGAACAGCAGCGAUGGAAUGAAAGUGUCUAACGUAUGUGUUUUUAUUGGUAGAAAGAAUGUAGAAGAGCCAUGGUUUUUGCACUUGCUUUAUUUGUAUCCAUGUAAAUAUGUAUCACUUCCAUUCUUCUUGUAGGAAUACAGCAUUUUCUGAAUGUAGAAUAUUUUCCAAAACAGCACUAUGUUAUUCUCUAUUGUAUAAAAUGCUGCUGCUUGAUAAUAUAUCUAAAACAGUUCUCAAAUUAGCUAGCAUGUUUUUUAAAGUAUAUUUUGUAAUCCAUAUCUUUGCAGAAAAGUGUCUAUGCUUUUUGUCUGACCAAAUAUGCAACAUCUUUUGGAUUAAGGAUAGUAUUUAUAAAGGAUCAAUUUUCAUUUUUCUGAGUGUAUUAAUUUUCUAUGCAAUUGUUGUUGAAUUUUUAUUGUCCUAAAAAAAAGAUGUAUUUGAUAAAUUUUCCAAAGACUUCAAAGACAGCUUUAAACACUUUAGAAAUAUUUUUCUAAAUAUUUCAAUCUGACUUUUUUCCCUGAAUUACUUUCCAAAUUGCUACUUAAUAGAGAACAAUUAUCUGCCAGAUGGGAUUCAAGAAAAUGACUGUCUUAAUUUCAAAUCUUAAAUUGAAUCAUAGAUCUUCAUAAAUUUUGCACCAUUUCAAAUCAUCUGAUGUUUCGGUUUAUGUGCCACCCUAUAUGUUAUUUAUAUUACAUAUUCCUGUGCAAUACAAAGAAAUGCCUAUGUUGGGUUUAGAGUGAGGAAAUUGCAAAUUCUCCAGAAUCAACUGCUUGUUUUCCUCCUUGUUUACAUUGCAGUGAUUUCUUACAUGUAAAUGUAAGGCAUCUAUCUACCAUCAAACAUGGAAAGUUAUCAUUCUUUAUUCAUCUCAGUUCAGAAUGACUCAUCCACCCCUUUGAGUGUUUGACAUAAAAAUGAUAUCCCUCUUCUUUCAUGUUUGCUACUUUAUAGCUGCAGUGGGGGACAGCUGAUAGCAAUUUGCCUAACUACCACUCGGUAUCUAAUCCAAUGUAGUCUGUACAAGAUUUGUUUAGCCAUUUUCGUUGUUCCUGGUGUACAAAAAAUAAGUUGGUACCUGACUGACAUUGCAUGAAAAAUUUCAGAUGAAGGUGCUGGUACUGUAAAAGAUCGUAUUAGCUGAAAAUGUGUGGUUGUCUGGGGAAAAGUUAGUAUUUUGAGUUUCUUUUCAAUAACUCUCACAAAAAAGCCAAAUUGGGUUGAAAGUUGUAGAAUGACUGCGUCACAAAAGUGAACAAGGGUCUGUAUGUCUGAAAUAUCCCAGAAACACAGAUGUGUGUUGGACGAAUCAGGUAUUUUUGAAGAGGGCAAAGGAUGAAGCUGCCAUCAUGUUACUGGUGCUGAGCAGUACCUUACUACACAAGUAGCAUGGUGAGACCAGGGAAUAUGUAAUCAAGGCACAGCUCAGUCUUAAUAAUGAUGGCCUAAUUGGGACCUACACAUCUGUGUGUGUGUGUGUGUGUCCUACCCUGCAUGUUCAGGUAAAGCCAUACAUUAACCAUAGACACCCAAAGUGAGCAAUUGUCUCCCAAAUCGUUCCAACAGAUGUCUUUUUAAUCAAACUGUUUGUUCAAAAGUCUAACUUUAAGAAUUGGAAAGGGAUUUAUAUCAUUCACAUUCCUACAACAACAUUGUUAACCUCCAAUGUAAUGAUUUUUUUGCUAUCUGUAAAAUAUUUUUAUAUAUUGCCUGUACUAUGGUAGUUUAGCAAUAAAUGAAAGGAUAUCUGCUGCA